UUUGUGCGGGAGUGAGCGCUUGGCAGCGAUCGGCAGCUCUCGUGUGGGUUCGGUGAGUCACAAUCGGAGCGGGCGAGCAGCACGCGAGCGGGGGAUUCGUGGAUCUCUUGUCCAGCUGGUGAGAGGUCUCCUGACAAAGAUCACGACUGUUUAAAGAUGUCGGGGGAUAACGAAGAGACGCUGACAGCCGAGGAGACGCCGGUGGAUGAGAAGGAAGUUGAGGAAAAGAUGAUCAGUCCCGAGAAGGCAGAAGAGGCUAAGCUGAAGGCAAGAUAUCCAAAUUUGGGAAAUAAACCUGGAGGGUCGGAUUUGCUUCGCAAACGCCUACAGAAAGGGCAAAAAUACUUUGACUCGGGUGACUACAACAUGGCUAAAGCAAAGAUAAAGAACAAACAGUUGCCGACAGCCGCACCAGAGAAGACCGAGAUCACAGGGGACCACAUCCCCACCCCCCAGGACCUGCCCCAAAGGAAACCCUCUCUUGUGGCCAGUAAACUGGCAGGCUGAUGUACACGCAGCCUCAGAUGGCCCCUUCAGCACCUCCCAGCUCCUAACCCUCCACACUUAAGUCUCAGAGAUGUAAUAUUACCUCUCCUAUGCCUCAUAUUGCCACUCUGCCCUCUCCACACCAGCCUGGACCCCACCCAACCAGAUUCCACACCUUCACAUAGCAGAUACCAUCAAAUCUUUUUUUUGUUUCAACUCCUUCUAGCUUUUUCUCUGUCUCCCAUCCUCUGUUAUUGUCCUCCUACUUUUCCUUCAUGUCUUCUCUUUACCUCCGUCUUUGUCCAUGUACACUGAAAGAGCAGCCUGUGAUACGUGUGAACAGCUGAUGGACAACAGAUACGACUGUUAACUUGGUGAAAAGAGGGGUGAGAAGCAGAAGCUGCAUAUUGUGUUUGGAGGGACUUAAUGUGGCGUUCAGUCUGAUGAUUAUGAUUGUGUGUGUGUGUCUAUAUAUAUAUAUAUAUAUA